CGUAGAUAGCCAAUGGCAGUCGCGUAUCUGAUCCCUACAGUGGCUGUCUCCUCGCUUAUCGAAUGCCAAUUGCAACUCACGCAUAACAUCCUGGCGAUUGGUAUCUUCCUGAUGGUGACAGUUUUUGCUUUCUUUUACGACAGAAAAAUAGUAGUUAUACGCGGAGGACAUGAUAUAUUCGAAAUAACACAAGAAUUGUUUUCGACUACAGCAUGGUCGUCUUGUAGAUUAGGGGUUUCUUGAAGGAGGGAAGUUUCCCUCUGUGGUCCUUAAUCUGCAAUGAGACUAAAACCUCUCCUUCGAGUUAUUUCGCAAAAUGAUUGGCUAUUGUACAUUUCUCCAAAGGCUUCCAGUAGUUUCCUGUUCUAAGGUCUGAUGCUGUGUGAGGCUGGUUCACUAUUAUGAUGGAGGAGGCUGCCAGCCAGCUGGAGAGAGAUCAUGUGCACAGUGUGUAUGAGAAGAUUGCUCCAUAUUUCAAUGACAGCCGCUACAAGGCCUGGCCUAAGGUGCGUCAGUUCCUGCUGGACCAGGAGCCGGGCAGCAUAAUCGCAGAUGUGGGUUGCGGUAAUGGGAAAUAUUUCCACAUCAACAGAGAUGUGUUCAAGCUGGGUUGUGACGUGUGUCGCCCCCUGGUGGAUGCUGCCUGGGACCAAGGACAUGAAGUGCAGUUGUGUGACGGGCUGCGCUUACCUUACAGAGACGGCUGCUUUGAUGCCGUGCUCUCCAUCGCAGUGAUACAUCAUCUGUCCACCAAAGAGCGGCGUGUUCGAGCAAUAAAGGAGAUGGCUCGUACCCUGCGUGUGGGAGGCCGAAUCAUGAUCUAUGUGUGGGCCAUGGAGCAGAAGAGGCGUAAAUUUGAGAAGCAGGACAUCUUUGUCCCCUGGAAUCCCAACCCCCCCCCAGACUAUGUUGGGGAGCGCCCCGCCCCCAGAAGGAGGGCCACGACUCAGAGCAUCAGUGGUGUCAUGGACAACAGCGACAAGCAGAGGAAAGUGAAAAGCACAUCAUCCAUGGUGGAUGAGGAGGACCUCAACUGCGGCAGCCAACAGAAGAGCCAGAGACGAUGGUUCUUCUCCCGGUCUCUGGAUUCUGUCUUUGACUUCGGCAGCCUGACCAUCUCCCGCUCAUCUUCCAGGGAACUGAGCACUUUAUCCACUCCGGUGGGCCAGGAGAACACUGGCAGCAAGGCUGUCCAGCUAGGAAGAGGAAGUGUCCUCAUCAAGCAGGUCUCCAGCCUCUUCUCUUCCUCCUCUAGGACCAGCUUGGAGGAAGAUGUCUUUGAUUCUGUAGCAGACCUGCACAGGGGGCCCAGAGGAGGAGGUAGCACCACCACGACUACCACAGACAAGGAGAGAAUGUCUGCUGCCCUGGCUCAGGAGUGUGGCUCCGUGGCCCUGCCUGAUCUAGUGUCCUACAUAAAGGAGCCUUCAGACGAGCCAAGGGUGGGAGCAGAACACGUCAGCCCGGGAGAGUCCCAAGCGUGCAUGCUGAGUCCCAGGGAGAGAGAGGGACAGGCGCCGGCCUCCUCCUGCCUAAGAUACUACCACGUCUUCAGGAAGGGAGAAGUGGCAAAGCUGAUAGAGAACCAUGUUGAAGAGCUCCAGGUCCUGCACAGCUACUUUGACCAUGCCAACUGGUGUGUCGUGGCAGAGAAAGUUCAGGUCUGGAAAAUAUAACUUGGUUUUAAUCAUUUUUUAUCAUAUCAUUAUCAUAUAUUUUUUAUCAGUUUAGAUUUUACAUGUUUUUGCACUUGUAGUAUUUGAAUUAACAUUAGUUAUUUAUUUAUUUUAUGAUUAAAGGUACUUUACCUUCAUGUCAAGUUUUUAAUGAGUUCAAAUUAUGUUUCCAACAAACAGCACCUAGCAAGAAGUAUUUAGAGAACCAGUGGAGUGUGUAACUGUCAUAGAAAUAUAAGUGUGGGUCAUCACACUAUCACACUGUAUAUACUUAAUUACAGGGCUGCUAUCGAUUACAGAUAAGAAUCAUUAAGUCUCUGCCAAGGAGUAAGGAGAUUUCAGUUGUAAAUGUAGACUCUUAAUUCUAGCCAAAGAGGAACUUGAAUUACACCCUUGUUGAUCAGCCCUUUUAAAAUGGCUAACUGAACACUGAUUAUGACGUUAUUUAAAAGAUGGUGAUCUCACGCACAACAUCUUACCUGUCUUAAAGCUGCACAUGUUUCUCAGCACUAGACUACACAAUAGAAGAAAAACAUGCUGCAGCAGUAAUAUUGGAUGUGUGUCUUGGUGUGACUUCCUAUUAACCACCAGUAUAAUGCACUAUAAAGCUGUAAUGAGUAGAGAGUGUGUCCGAAGACCUUCUGAAAUGCACUGGUGGUGUUGCAUAGAAAGUGUUACCAUGUGUCUGCUUGAUAAACUGUGCUUUGCGGAUGGUGUAUGUCUUUGUUGAAUGAAGUAACUGACUGCCUGACACUGAUACCGUUUGUUGUUUGACCAAGUCAUUGUAAACUGUGAAGCACUGAGCCAUUGUUGUUAUGUUACUGUUUGUUUGAGUGUCAGUAGUUUGUGUAUACAGACUGUUGCUUAAGGCUAAAAGGGGUACUUCACUUUCCUUUUCGAAAUUAUUGUUAUAAUUAGAAUUAUUGUUAUUUAUUCUUAUAAUGAUAAUUAAAAUCUUUGAAAUUACAAGUGUUUCAACCACCCAACCUGUAAAAGGUUUUGAGUGAAGCGCCCCGGGUUGUAGGCUGAGGACACCAUGCCUGGACCAACUGUUAGCAUCUGUCUGAAUCUCAUAGGUGUUGCUGUCUUUGUAAGCAUUUUAAUGGCCUUUUAUUUGUGCUAAC